UUUCCCUAAGUGUUGGCUACUCUUAAUGUUACCAUAAAUGAAAUGUCACAAAUAUUUUUAAGAAAAUAAGAGAAAAUAGUUGAAAAUUCAAUUAACUGAUCUCUACUUUCAUUAAAAACUUACGUUCAUGUGAUAAUUACCUGUUGUCGCAAAGUGGGUUGCAAAUAGUUUUGUACGAGAUGAGGCGCAGGGCCGGACUGGGGGCGAUUCAAAAACACAAAUUGGAACAAGAAAAAUACAAAGAUAAAGGAAAUGAAAUUCAGGAAAACCUUUUCGAACAAAUGACUAAACAACUGGUAAUAUUAGAAGAAAAUCUAGAGGAAUUUGCUACCAAACAUAAAAAUAAAAUUCGCAAAAAUCCGGAAUUUCGGCGUCAGUUUCAAGAAAUGUGUGCUAGUAUUGGAGUCGAUCCUUUGUCCUCCGGCAAACAGGGCUUCUGGUCAGUGUUAGGCAUCGGGGAUUUUUACUAUGAACUAGCAGUUCAAAUUGUUGAAGUUUGUUUGGCCACUAAUUACAAAACUGGGGGUUUGAUUAGUUUGGAUGAACUUAGGACAAGAUUGAUUAAAGCUAGAGGUAAAGGCAAGCAACACCAAGAUAUUACGCAAGACGAUUUAAUACGCGCGGCACAAAAAUUGAAAAUUUUUGGAAGUGGCUUUAUGGUGAUUCCUAUAGGAAAGGGGCAAUAUAUGGUACAGUCCAUCCCUGGUGAAUUAAGUAUGGACCAUACGGCAGUGUUGCAGCAAGCAACUCACUCAAAUCAGGCAUUUGUUUCUGUAUGUUAUCUCAAACGGGAGUUGGGUUGGGAGGAUGAGAGGGCUAGGAAAGCCCUGGACCAUAUGGUAGACCAAGGAUUGGCAUGGGUGGACCUACAGAGCCCUAAAGAGAAAUUAUACUACUUUCCUAGUUUAUUUAAUGCAUGUAUUGACUCCACAAUCAGUUAAAUAAAACAUUUUAUAACAAAA